CCUGUUUCUUUUUAACUUAAAUGAAAAACAGGCAUUUUAGCUUAGCUAAACUAAAAUUCCAAAAAGUUACUAUGGAGAGCGGUCACCACCACCAAGAGAGCAGUAAGAUGCAAGAUGGUUGUCCGCAUAUAAUGCUAUUUCACGGUGGACAUUGUGAGCAAAUAUUGUGGAAAACUUGGACCGUUAAAACUAUCUUGGAAUUCACACUUUCAGCCUUUGCAGUUUUUCUAAUAGCUUUUUUAUAUGAGGCAUUGAGAUUUUUGCGACAGUUUCUUGUACGUCGCGAACUUGAGCGCAGCGCUAAUAAAGAUAAAGAACGUACGGAUGUAGUAUGCAGCACAAUUGCUGGACUAAAAAAUAAGCAAUUGUUCAAACAAAUUGUUGCCCCACAGCACCUCAUUCAAACUGUAUUGUUCUUAUUUCAAGUUACGUUAUCAAUGUUACUUAUGCUAAUAUUUAUGAGUUUUAAUUAUUGGUUGUGUUUAUCAGUUAUUUUGGGUUUAGCAUUUGGAUAUUUUUUAUUCGGUUGGAUAAAAGAUGAUGCUUAUGACAGUGAUUGUUGCAAUUAAUGUUCGUACGCUGUAAAA